CCAAACAGUCAUUAGUGGUACAUUUGAGCUGUGUUUGGAAAAUUUUCUUACUUCACAAAGGUGAAUACAUCAUAAUGAGGCCGGACAACAGAGAUUGGACACACAGAAUACCGUCUAAUUUAUUCGAGCCUAAUGCUUAUAAUAUUUUUUUCUAUCCAAACCUUUGUCACGUUUGCAAGGGGACAAAUGCUGGCAAUUUGAUACUGUGCAAGGAUUGCCUUUCGAUUUCUUACUGCAGUGACAAACACAAACACCUGCAUCGAGAAGAACACACGGAGUUCUGCGUAAAUAUGAAGAAAUUUUUAAGACUAUGUAACAGAUAUAAAAAUCCUCCAAGUAGAGCCGAUUGGGUCAAUUCAAGGAGGGACCUUGUGAGAAUAAUGAGGAAAGAGAUGCAGCGCCCGUUAAUGCCAUACGAAGAGGAGAUGAUCAUGUUCGCAAGAUCAUGUUACAUCUGUUUUCAGGAGUUUGAUCUCAGAGUAUGCGAGAUGUGCUAUUCCGCCUACUAUUGCGAACAACACAAGCAGCAAUUUCAAAUUAAGCACAAUAAACAUUGUUGGGAUUUGAUGUUUUGUCUGAACCUAGAAAUGAGACACGCGGGGACGAAGUUGCACUAUGAUUUCUCUAUUUUCCCUAACGGUACGAAAUAUAUUGACGACAUGGAGGGCUUUAUGAAAAAUUAUUAUUACCUGGACACAAUUCCUAAAUCCUGGUCAAGUAAGGCAUAUAUACACACCGACUUCGUAUCAACACCGUUAACAGUGUUAUAUGGGAUAAUCAGCGCAGAGGUAAAUGUUCUAAAUAUGAAUGGGCAUCAAUAUUUUGUGCACAUAAUAACAUCAAGCUAUCUCGAAGCGGAAUACGCGGCGGCCUGGGAACUUUUUCUGCAUACUUUAUAUCAGAUAAAGCAGCUAACGGUUGUAAUAAUAGGACUAGAAUGCAAGUUCGAAGAUUUGAAGGAUGAGACGACAUUGAUAGAUAUAUUUUCGACGCCGAAUAUGAACUGUCCAUAUUUUUUACUAGCAACAUCGAAAUCUGUUGCGAAAGAGAACAAAACUACGAUGAAGGAACUUCUAAAUUUACAGCCUGCAUAUAAUGAGCAAAAUAAGUUUCGGUCUUUUCAUCCAUGGAGAGACUUUCAGACUGGUUCCGUCUAUUAUCGUAAUAAUUAUGUAACUAUUUAUCCGAAUUUCAUUCUUUGAAAUUCCAAUCUGUGGAAGCGUCUUAGAAUCUUGUAAAUUAAUAGGGGUUCUUUUUCAAAGCUCAUUUUUUCAAGAUUUUUUGCAAGGCUCAUCUUGAAGAACCCUUAGAGCUUUCACGUACGA